CAAAUAACAUGAAUCUCAAAUAACAUGGACAUCUAUUUGAUUUAAUUUUUCCAAUACAAUUUUCCAUUUGAUACGCAGAUAUUGUGUUCUAUAGUUUAAUCGUAAUUUAAAUUAAGUGUGAAUAUCGGAUGCGAAGUUUUCAUUUUUUCAAAUGGAGUGUUUUAUUCCGUAGUCUGGAAUCUAUAAAAGCGACGUAUUGUUUAUAUGGUUAUUGUCUGAGAUUAUAGAAUCAAUUAUUCCAGUCAGUUUUCGAACGCUUUACCAGAUACAAUAUUUUAUAUGCUAGCAGACGACAAUAUGCUCGCGUGACGAAUAGAUGUGAUAUUUGAUGACUAAGGAUGUAUAGGAUUGUUUGAAAUAAAACAAACUGUUACUGGCACGUGACAUGGAGCUGGUUGUGUGUAUAGAUAUAGGCUCCACCCACACUGGUUACGCCUACUCUUCUAAGAAGGAGUACGAUGAAAGAAUGUUAAAUAUACACCAUAACGAGGAAUGGAUGUCCGGACACGCUAAUCUACAUACAUUCAAGACACCAAGCAUAGCUUUACUACAACAAGACAAAACAUUACAUAGCUUUGGUUACGAAGCAGAGCGUAAAUAUACACAACUCCAGGAUGUUAAACAGCAAGAUAUGUGGUACUAUUUUAAACGCUUCAAGGCUGACCUUAAAACAAAGCAAUUUCGGAAAGACACUGUGAUAUUAGAAGAAGGAGGGAAAUCCAUCAACGGCGUUUCAUUAUUUACCAUCAUAUUGAAAUACCUGAAAAUUCAUUGUUUUGCUGGCUUGGAGGAUAGUGCUCGCUACGGGACGUCAGAAGUGCUGGCAAAAUACAAUAUUCGUUAUGUGAUAACCGUCCCAACCAAGUGGGAUAAUGCCUCAAGAGACUGUAUAAAAUCCGCAGCUAAAAAGGCAGGCUUGAAUCCACAUUAUAUUCAUACGGAAAGUGAAGCCGCCGGCAGAUAUUGCCGACUUGUACCCAUAAGGCCGACCACUGAAAAUUCGUUCUAUAUACAGAAACCUCAAACCCAGCAUAUGAUUGUGAAUUUAGGAGGAAGUGGGAUAGACGCAGCAGUUCAAGAGAUAUUGGAAGACGGUGCUGUUAAAGAAUUUCCAAAGAAUGUUGGCAAUGCAUCAGGUGGUACUCGUGUUGACGCCGACUUUCUGAAAUUCGUUUCAACGUUGUUUGGAAACGAGUUUAUUGACCUUUACUCAAAAAAGAACCGAAUAGACUUUUUGGAACUUCAGUAUGAAUUUGAAGUAAAGAAGCGGAAAUUUUCCCUUGAAUCGGAUCAAGGAACAAGUCUUGAAUUACCAAGUUCAUUAGUGAAAAUGUAUACUACAAAAUAUAAACAAUCACUUCAGUAUAUGAUAGACGACACUGACUUCGUUGGAAAAAUCUUGUCACAAGACGAAUAUCUAAUACUUAACAAAACAGUCAUGAAAGACAUUUUUGGUCCUGCUGUAAAAAGUAUAGUUGGGUACCUUACUAAUUUGUCACGUGACCCGGAAACAAAAAAGUGUGAUGUUAUUAUUCUAGUAGGUGGAUUUUCAGAGUCUCCAGUUGUGACGGGUGCUACGCGAUUUUAUUUUCCAAAGUCAAAUAUAAUUACAAUGGAAGAUGCGUCUUUAACAGUAUUACGGGGCGGUGUCCUUUUAGGUCACAAUCCAGAGCCGAUCCUUACGGUCACACCAACUUUUUCUUACGGUAUCGGAAUGGCAGUUCCGUUCAAUGGUAACCAACACCCAAAUGAAAAACUUUUCCUAGCGAAAGAGAAACAGUAUUGUUCAGCAGUAUUUGCACCGCUUAUUAAAGCGGGAAGAACUGUAAGCGUUACAGACUUUAGUCGAUCAAUUAAAUUAUCGCUAAACAGACAGCUUCAGAAAGUGGUGGCAGUGCCUGUGUACGCAUCCAAAGACUUACGAGCCAAAUAUGCUUCAGAAGAAAGUUGUUAUUUGUUGGGUAAGCUCAAAGUGCCCGUUGGUGAUCAGGACAAAGUUGUUGUGCGCUUCCUCAUUCUUGGUGACUUCCUGAUUGUCGAAGGGUUAACUGAAACUUUUAGAACAAUAACUCAAGAAUCGUUCAGUCUUGUCCCCGUCGAUAAACAAAGUUGAUGGAAGUGAAUUGAUAGUCUACAGCGUUCGCGCUAAGUUUCCUCAAAAAGAUUUUACCUGUUCACCUUGUAUUAAAUGAGAUUGAUAUCUACUCAUUUUGCAGGAGCUCAAAGUCUUACAAUUAUUUGUGGAGUUGAACAUUUAUUGCUGUGAUGGAUUAUGUUAGCAUGCAAGGAAUAAUGAAGUUAACUGCUUUUAAAAAAAUAACUUUGGGACGCUUUUGAUGUGAUAUCUAUUUACAAAGUAAACAAAUAAGACAAAACAAUACAAAAAAUGCCUCUGUAUAACAUAAUAGAGAAAAACAGAACCCCUUAAGAACGCCCAAAAAAGACAAAAUUAAAAGUUUUUUUUAGCUUGUUCAUGAAAAAUGGAAGUUACCGUCCACGCCCACACGGCUAAAUUUGACAUUUCUCAUUUCAUAUUCAUAAAAAAACCUUGGAUCAAAGCAUCUUACACCUUUAUGAUGGUACUUCCUUUCAGUAAAUGGCAUUUUGGUGUUUUAUAUAUUUUAAAAUUUGUUACGAUGCAGACUCAAUUUAUGGACCCUAUGACAAUGUGAUACAGAUGAAAUAGGAUGGAAAUAGGCUUAUACAAAAUGUUUAUGCUUAGAAUAUUAUAAUCAUGCCCAUGGAGUGUAGCUUUUAUGCUUUGAAUAUGAUAAAUUCUACACACAUUAUUUCGAUUGUUUAUGGUCUCGUGUUUUAACAAAUCAAUAACAAAGGUCAAGAUUAAUAUAAAAAAUAAAUAAAUAAAGGAGAAUAAACAAAAAUAUGAAGACAUAUAAACUGGAUGAAUUAGGAGAUGUGGAAUCUUGUGUCUAAGAAUUCUACUUGCGGAUCACCUACAUGACUAAACGUUUUGAUGUUUUCUUCAAAAUUUACCCCAAUUAACCAAUCCUCUUAUCUAAGGGAUAAACCGUUUCACAUCAGGUGACUUCUCAUGCCGGUGCACGCCACACCGGUAGUCAAUAGCAAAACAUAAAUGUUAACUCAAAUAAAUGAUAAGGUCAUCAAUUAUGCAUAUUUCUAUACACAAUUCAUUACGCUCGAAUAUGUUUCCAUAAAGCGUUUCGCUUGCAUACAUUUAUAUAUUUGUACCCUAAACUAAAUUACAAAUCAUGAUGACUUUACAAUAUUUUAUGUUGUUCUUAAUCAGUGUUUAUCAUGAAUUAAGUGGUAUAUGACUUCGAAUUUAUGUCUUGUAACUUCUGUGCAGCAUUAAAUGCAAACCGACCACCAACAGACCUUCAAACAACAUGAACACAGCUUUUGCAGUUGUUUUAGUUUGCUUUCCAAGAUAACAUUGGAAAAUAUGUUUAAAUACAUUUAUGAAGUGAUAAUUUGUUUGUAUUAGGAACAAGUACGAUUUUUCAUUUAGUAUGGGACUGGAGCAAGAAGUAUAAAUUUUACCCAUUUUGGCGCCUUCAGCUUUCAUCAUGUUUGUUUCAUAUGGUCAUAUUUUACCAUUUUAAUACAUUUGUAUGAUUAUUUAUUUAUUUAUUUAUUUAUUUAUAGAUUAACUUUAUUGAAAUUAUUAUUGACAAAUUAAAGCAUGUGGAACAAGAAUGUUUUGUUGUCAUUUAUUAGCUGGUCUGUUUUAGAGAAAAAGUCGACCUAUUUGAUUGCUGCGUCGUCGUUGCCGUCGGCGUCGUAAAACAAAUAAUAUAAAUAGCCAAUUACACGAAGAGUUUAAAAUGUACGAUUUUUGAUUUAGUAUGGGACUGGAGCAUGAAGUAUAAAUUUUACCCAUUUUGGCGCCUUCAGCUUUCAUCAUGUUUGUUUCAUAUGGUCAUAUUUUACCAUUUUAAUACAUUUGUAUAAUAACGUAUUUAUUUAUUUAUAUGUUAACUUAAUUGAAUUGAUUAUUGACAAAUAAAAGCAUGUGGAA